CAGAAAUCAACCAUGCCUCUUCCUGCUGGAGUUUACCGCGCGGACCACGUCGGGUCCUUCCUUCGCCCCAAGGCCAUCCUCGAGACCCGUGAAAAGGUCGAGAGCCAGGCCGCUACCGCCGAGGACCUGCGCAAGGUUGAGGACGAGCACAUUGCUACCGUCGUCUGGGAGCAGAUCGAGAACGGCCUCCAGUCCGUGACCGACGGUGAAUACCGCCGCGCGUGGUUCCACAUCGACUUCCUGCAGCAUCUGGCCGGUGUCGAGAAGCGCGGCCAUGUCACGUCUACCAACGUCACGUCGCAUGGCAUGACUCCUCCCCGACUUGUUGUUGUCGGAAAGCUGGGCCACCCGAACCCCAUCCAGGUCGACGACUUCAACUACGUGAACAAGCAGGUGGAGGCGGUUAAGGCCUCCUCGGGCGCCAGCCAGACUGUCACCGCCAAGGUGUGCAUUCCCAGCCCGACCAUGGUGUACUUCCGCGGCGGCCGCGACGCCAUCGACGCCGACGCCUAUCCCACGCUCGAGCCGCUCUUUGACGACAUCGCCAAGGCCUACCAGGCCGAGCUCGACGACCUGUACGCCGCCGGCUGCCGCUUCGUCCAGCUGGACGACACCAACCUGGCCUACCUCUGUGACGAGGGCAUGAGCAAGGAGGCCGCGCAGCGCCACGGCAAGACGCCCGCUGAGCUCACCCAGCAGUGCGUCGACAUCAUCAACGCCUCCAUCAGCAAGAGACCCAAGGACAUGACCAUCGGCAUCCACCUGUGCCGCGGCAACUUCCGCUCGCAAUGGUUCGCCCAGGGCGGCUACGAGCCCGUGGCUGAGACUCUCUUCAAGGGCCUCAAUGUCGAUGUGUACUUCCUCGAGUUCGACGACGCGCGUUCCGGCGAUUUCUCUCCGCUCCGUCACCUGCCCGAGGACAAGAUUGUGGUAUUGGGCGUCAUGUCGAGCAAGAAGGCCGAGCUGGACGACAAGGAGGCCAUGAUCGAGAGGUUGAAGGAGGCCGCGGGAUACUGCCCUAGGGGCCUGGAUCAGCUGUGCUUGUCGCACCAGUGCGGUUUCAGCUCGACCAAGGAAGGAAACGAUUUGACAGUCGAGGAGCAGUGGGCCAAGGUGCGCCUCGAGGUUGAGAUUGCGAAGCAGGUCUGGGGUGACGAUCUGUCGCAGUAAGCGUCUGUCUACUUUGAAAAGGAGGUAAAAAAAAUAAUAGAAUUUUUGGAUGCAUUGGCUACGAUCCACGCUUUUAUAUUAUCAAGAUGCAUAGG